AUGAGCUCUGGAUACGUUCAAACAGGCGCAUACGCCAGACUAGAUGGUCGAUAUAGAAUUAAGGGAUGGAGAUGGCUACAAAUCAUCUGCUUUGCCUGCACAAUCCCCAUUGCAUUCCUCAGUCUCUGUCUUCUUCCAAGCACACCAGAUAAAUGCACAUCCCGCUUCCUCGGCGAACACGAGAUCCGUCUCGCGCAAGAACGCAUGGCAUCUGAACACCGCGAGGCUCGCCAACCAUUUACCAAAUCGAAGGUCUUUCAAAUUCUCAAAGGCUGGAGACUGUGGGUUCUAGUUGCCUUUGCAUUCUUCUUCUCUCAAGCCGACGGUGUAUCUUCGAAUAGUGGUCUUUCACUAUGGCUCAAAGCAGAGGGCUGCUCAGUUGAGAAUAUCAACAUGAUCACCCACGUUACAAUCGUUGCAUCUGUGAUUUGCGCGGGGUUUUCGGAUAUCUAUGACGCAAAGCCCAGUCUAAUUGCUACAACAGCCGUGCUGAAUAUCUUCACUUGCAUUGUUCUUGCGAUCUGGAAUGUCCCCGUUGGCUUGAAAUUUUUGGAUUUUUCUUGUCUGGGACUGCGGGUGGCAUUGCUUUAUAUCAUCUUUACCUGGGCUAAUGAGAUCUGUGCACAUAGCGCUGAAGAGUGGGCUAUUGUUAUCAGUGCUAUGAAUACCAUUGAAAAUACCUUCGGGGCUUGGAUUCCGAUCUUUGUUUGGAGGACGGUGGAUGCGCCUAGGUAUCUCAUUGGGUACAAUUGGACUAUUGCGCUUGAUGUGUGUAUGAUUGUUAUGUUGGUAGUUUUGCAGCAGUUCUGGGCCCGUGAGCAGAAAAGGUCUCGGUCAUAG